AAGAAAGAGGAAGAAGAAAGAGGAGCCAGGAGUCAUCGACAUGUGGUUGAAAGUCGCCUUGUUGAUAUCUUGCGCUGUAGCAAACACACUCGCAGACGAUGAUGCAACCGGAAGCAAAGCUUUGUCGAACGAAGAAUUCGUCACGUCUCACAAAGUGCCGGAGGAUGUAGCGCGGCCAUCCGACUACGAUGACGGGGACGACGACGUUGUGGACGUGGAGAGGAAGACCAUCACGAAGAAUGGGAAACACGGGAAAAAGGUUGUGGCGAAGUUCGAGAGUUUUGAUAAAAAGUUGACCGACCUCGACCCGAUCAGACGUUUCGAUUUCGUGGACGAAGACAAAACGGGUGACACAACGAAGCGGCAGGUCCGCGUCGAAUUGGAAAACUUUGGGGACACCGGGAUCCUUCAAGAGGAUGGAGUUCGAAAAAGUGACACGCACAGAUCCCGCGUAGAGAGCCACAAAGAUUCAGUGAUUCCCGGGGUGCACGUUAGUAACGAGUAUCCAACAACCAUGAUGCCAGUUCUGACGACUCCACGUGAGGCGCGUUCUUUUGAUUUUGUUCCUGUUAAUAUAAUCCGCGAUGACGGCAAAGAAACAUCUUUUCGAGAACGCAAUUUUGGCGAUUUUAGCGACGUCAGUUUAGUCCCUGCUGGCACAAAUUCGCGUAUCCAGGUAAAGAAAGGGCCAAACGGGAAGGAUUACGAAUACGAGUACGUAUAUUAUUACUAUGACGAGGAGGAUGAGAAUAAGGCGGGUUCAGCGGACUCGGCGGUCACCAAUUCUUACGACGUUCCUUCUAGAACCACGUCCGCCCCUAAGCGUGGCUCCAACAGAAACAAGUACAACACCGUGGAAAGAUCGAGCACCGUGGAACCAGCCAGCAACGAAGUGAUUCCAAACAGAAAUGGUAACAACAGAGGCAGACAAUUGGUCGAAGCUGAAGACGUAUCCGAGGAAAGGCUACCGACCAACACCAGAUUCCCACCAAGGUCACGAUCGAAUCACAACACUGGAACCACGGAACCAACUCGAACUCGUGGAAAUCGUCCCAGACCUGGUUUGGACCUGGUCGAUUCCAGCAGUUUUCGUACCCAUCAAGAGGGACCGGAAUUUCCCCAAGUAUUGCCUAAAGGGCCUGUCCGAUUUUUGGGUGUCACACCGAAUGAAGAGAACGGGGAAGAGAGAACGGCGAGCAGAGGAAGAGGAAGGCCGCAACGAGUUCAAGAACCUGCUCCUGUUGAAGAGAUCAUUGAAGAAGCGCCCGUUCCUACGACCAGGAGGAGACCUAUCACCGCCCUCUCGACAGAGAUUCCUCCUGAAUCGAACAGAGGUGAAUCCUUACAUACAAGCGAGGAAAAAGACGAUUCCAAAGAAGAAAGUUCAUUAUCGGAGAAAAGCAAAGAUAAGCAAACAUCUUUGGAGAACAAGCAAGACUACGAAGAAUCGGAUUCAUCUUCCACAACAUCAGCGAGUACUGCUUCAACCACGACUGAAAGUGCAACGACGGAGUAUCCAUGUUCGAUGGACAAAGUCGCGUUAGAUUUGUAUGCUUUCGUGCAACAAGGUCAAAAUAAUUUGGUAGAUGCAUCGAGCAGCGAAGCUACAGAUUCUUCUUCAGAUAAAACGACACUUUCCAGUGACGAAGCUAUUACCGAUUUGAUAGCGACGACUGAAUUGUCAGCAACUACUCUGGAAUCAACGACGAUAACCAAUGUAGCAAGUCUUGCAACAGAACCAGUAAUCACCACAACUGCUGCAACUACUACUACUAGCACUACUACGACUACUACCACAACUACAACUACGGAACCACCUACCACUACUACUCAAGCUCCAGCUGGAAGAGGGAAAUUUAGAAGACCUGGUAUUGGUGGAACUAAUGGAGGUACUCGAAACAGAUUCAAAUCAAACGGAAGUACAACGACGACCGAAGCACCUGUGGAACCUACACAACGCACGCGAAAUCGUUUCGGUAGCAAUGGUUCUAACGGUGGUGGUUUCAAAAGAAGUCGACCUGGACAAAAGCAAUCCAAUCCAAUUGAGGAGGACGCGGUACAAAAAGAGAGUUCGAGCUCUGUUCACGCAGAACGACCUUCUUCCACUACUCGCGGGAGAUUCCGUGGAUCUGGAGCAACGAGAUCUAUCUCGACGACAACAUCAGCACCGUCGAACGGUGGUUCAACUGCAUCUUCUAAUGGGCCCUCAGGAAUAUCGAGACCGUCUUUCAAUAAAUUGAAUAUCAACCGACGACGUGGAAGACCGACCACCACUGCUCCGAACGGUAGCGAGGAGAGCCAAGAGUCCAUUCGUUCAGAGACACCUAAGGAAACUAGUCAGGAACCCAGUACAGCGGCACCGAAAUCGACCGUUCGUUCGAGACUUCCGACAACAGGGACAAGACCGGUUAUUAAACCUGGAGCUAGAAUAAAUUUGAGACCGAAACCGGGUCAAUCGACGACCACAACUACGACACCGCUUCCUUCGGAUAACGCAGAGGAAUCGUCAAUUGAUGAACCAGCUGGAGAAGGAACUGAAGAAGAAACUCACGAGGCACCUGCAGAAACUAGCCCGCCUCCGGCACGUUCCACAACCGUCAACCCUCUGAAUAAAUUACGUAAUCGAAAUAGACUACAGGUGCAUCCUAAAACAACCACUAGAACACCAGUGCUUCUAGCAUCUAGAAGGUCGCCGUUGUUACCGCGUCGUAAAGUGACCGAAGCACCGAUUGCCCAAACUAGCCAAGAAGAAAUAUCCGAAGAACCAGAUGUUUCCAGCGAAACAGAACCAUCCGAAACAGCUUCCGCAGAAACUAGUACAGCCGCAAGCACGAAACAUGAAGAAACUAGAGGUCUCAGUGGACUUUUGGCUCCAAGGCGUAGGAUAGCAACGCGGCGACCUGGACAAAUAAUUUCGAGAGAAUAGAGUGAAUACUUAAAAAAAGCUUUUCGAUCCAUCAAAUCCCCGUUUGUAUUCCUCGUUGAGAACGAUCAAAGUGAUUUUAGAAACGUGUAUCAAAGAGAAAUCGAGAGAAGGCGCUUUCGUCGAGAAAGUAAGGCGAAAAUUCGACAAGAAAGAGGUUCUACAAAACGCGUGACCAAUGGUCGGAAUUGCAUCGUUCUUGAACUUUGAAUUAUUCGUGCUCGAUAGUUGCAUGGAUCUUUUAUUUUAGAUUUUCGAAAAAAUAUUUAAAUAGAGCCACGUGUCAAUCGAUUUUUUAAUCGGGAACGAAUAAUCGGAACAAUGAAUGACAAACGGCGUGAAAGUAAACAUAUUAUUAUCGCGAUUAUUAGAAUUAAAUUGCAGAGGUACGUGUGCAUAUCUGUCUGUGUGUAAUUAAACGAAUAUGUAUAUUCACGGUGAAAGUUGCUAAUAUCUUUUGAAUGUUACUUCUAAACCGCGUUUCUACAUAUGUAUUGCGACGUAUCGGUUACAAUCGCGAUGCCAUAGUCGUCUGAAAACAUAUCCUAUGUCCGUUCUAUAUGUAUGUAUAUAUCAAUGUUUUCGAAAAUUUUUAUUAAAUGUGAGUGCGAGAAUAUUUAUACGAGCACACAAUUGGAAAUACGAUACGAUUUCUUGCAAUUAUUUAAUAAUUACGCGACUCUUGUAGAAAGAUAUCACAAGAUACUAUUUGCGAACGAUAAUACGAAUCGUAUUCUACUAUUUACUUGUAGAAUGAAAUACGACUCUAUA